AUGUCGUGUAAGUCGCCCACGCGUGUGGCCCAGGACGUGCCUGGCACCCCCGAGGCGCAAACCGAUACCCCCAGUGAGCCCGAAGAAGAUCCCACCAUGACGGGCCCAAAGAACGAACUGUCUGAAUUUGAACAGCAGCGUUUGGCAAACAUUGCUGAACGCGAUGCGCUGUUCAAGAAACUUACCCUCGAGUCGCAAUCCUCUGGACUUUUUACAAGCCCUAAGGUCUCUCCUGGCAAUGGCGCAAAGCCAAAGAAGCGCACAACUCCCAAAGUCAAAAAGGAAGCAGAUGUUACACCCCGACGUACAUCAUCUCGGUUGAAGGGCAUUGCGGCUGAAAGCGAAGUAGCAAAGCGCAAGGCCGACGAUGAGUAUGAGGCAAUGCGCGAAGCGGAGAGGACCAAGAGGAUGCGCCGAACAGAUGAAUUUACUCAGGCAGAUAUGUUCAUCUCAGGACAAAAGCUCAGCCCGGAUAGCCUGAUCGGUGUGGAUGUCAUAACUAAGGGCGUUGCCAAACCAUAUGAAAGAACGUUCGGCGCGGAUGAUAUUGACAAGACAACUGAUAAAGACCUCAAGGCUCUUCGUGAAGAGAUGAACGGGCUCACAUUGUGGGAGCAAUGGGAUCCUCAAAGAAUUAAGGUCACCCCCGAGCGGGUGUACAGCAUGGCCUUCCACCCGUCAGAAACCAAACCUCUUAUAUUCGCCGGCGACAAAAUGGGUCACUUGGGUAUGCUGGAUGCUUCACAAGAGAAGCCUGGGCUAGGCGAAGACCAUGACGAUGACGACCCAGAUCCAGUCCUCACGACUCUCAAGCCCCACACCAGAACAAUCAGCGCAAUGAUGGUGAACCCAUCAAAGCCCACUCAUUUGUACACUGCGAGUUACGACAGCUCGAUUCGAGCACUCGACCUAGAGAAAAUGGUUUCUUCAGAGACAUACGCUCCCGAGUCUACUGACAUCGACGAGGCAAUUUCCGGUGUUGACAUGGCCCCAGAAGACCCCCAUACCUUGUACUGGACUACCCUCCAAGGAGAAUUUGGCCGCUAUGAUACGCGCACACCACGGAAGGAUAGCAAUGUCUCGCGCUGGGAACUAUCAGAGAAGAAAAUCGGCGGUUUCUCAUUGUGUCCUUCCAACCCUCACUACUUCGCAACAGCCAGUCUGGAUCGAUUCCUCCGAUUAUGGGACAUCCGCAAAUUCCCCCGACACAACCCCUCUCCUGUUGCCGAGCAUGAAAGCCGACUUUCCGUAUCUCACGCUGCCUUCAAUGCUGCCGGACAGAUUGCUACUUCUUCCUACGACGAUACAUUGAAACUCUACGAUGUUGGCGCGAAGGGUCUCUCUUCAUGGAAACAGGGUCACAAGCUCGCAGAGAAAGAGUUUACCCCCGAUACUGUCGUUCGACACAACUGCCAGACCGGACGUUGGGUUACUAUUCUGCGCCCUCAAUGGCAAUUGAAUCCCCAAUCUCCGAUCCAGCGCUUCUGUAUUGGAAAUAUGAACCGGUUUGUCGAUAUCUACAGCAGCAGUGGAGAUCAACUUGCUCAGCUUGGUGGAGAUGGAAUUACUGCUGUUCCUGCUGUGGCUGUUUUCCACCGUAGCAAGAACUGGGUUGCUGGUGGUACGGCUAGUGGAAAGCUCUGCUUGUGGAUGUGA